AUGGCAAAGCCCCAGCAGAUUCGAAAGAAAAAGGUCAGUGCCCACUCGAAAAUAGGGACCCGGCAUUGCGAUUCAUCUCCCCCAUCUUCGCCGAGGCCUACACUUGUAUCUGACUCGAAAGCACCGACUACGGGGCGAAAGCGGAAGCAGAGAACCCUUCCGCCUGACCAGCAAGACACCGGAGACGCAUCAAUCGAACAUCGAGAUAAUCAAAGCAAGUCUUCUUCGUCGAGCACGAACUCUUAUCGGAUUUGGGACCGAGCUGAACGGUCGUACUGGGACUCGCUGUCGACGCUGCGUUUGACCUCCGACUGUCUAAGAGAACUAAAUCGACAAAACGCUUUGAUGAAGACGAGUGUUCCUAAAACAAUUCCUGCGGUCGAGCAUCCUGGACGCUACGGAAGUCAUCGAAACCCCGAGGGAGUCUUGUCAAGACCGACUCUAUGGUCAUCAAGAAAAGCUAGCAAGUCUAAGCCAGACCGUAAGUCUCCCGUAGAUGAAGAGGAGGAGACAGGAGGCUCGUCGGCUUACGACUCGAAUUUUGAGCACCAUCUUACCCAGAACCACUUCUUCCGAUGUAAAUACCAUGGGAAAAGGCCUGCGAAUCACCAAGAGUGGGUUGAAGCCAUAAAGCAGCCUCGGGCAUCACUUUCGUCGUUGCGUAUGUCCGAUGAGUAUGAGGCAUUGUCAAGGGCCGCCGAUGAUGCGAGAAACGACAAAGGCCAGCUGAUGAUCCAAGUGCUCCCAAAGCUGAUGGGUGAGAAAAACAGCUACCGUUCGGGCAAAAGGGUAAAAUUUGAUAACUUGGAGCCUUUGACGCAAAGAAUCCUCGACGCUCGGCCUGACUAUUAUGAAGGGCAUCACGCGGGGCUAGAGAAUCGAUUACUUCGAGAGAAACUGAGGACGAUCAUCACUCCCUCAAUCCGCCAAGACACUCCCUUCUUGCCAAAUUUCUUCGUGCAAAUCAACGAUGGCGGGGGCUCCUUUGCUGUAGCGGAGAGACGAGCUCGCCAUGUUGGCGCGUUAGCAGCUCGAGGCAUGCACCGCCUCCAGUGUCUUGGAAGGACAGAAGCUUACGACAGCAAUGCAUACACCAUAAGCGCCAUCUACUACGCUCAAUUUCUCAACCUGUAUACCCACCAUCUCACGCAGCCUGAAGGAUCUGGCUCUCCUCCACAUACACACAUGAUUGCGCUUAAGAGUGUACCUCUAUUCGAUUCUCCCGAGUCGUUGUACGAGGGAUUGACUGCAAUCAGGAAUGCGAGCGAGAAGGCCAACGAGUACAGGGAGCAGUUCAUCGAGAGCGCAAACCUCAGACUAGAAAGCGACACUCCGCAGGAUUAA